AUUCCACUCAAGACGCGCUGACAUGGAUAAAGCACAAGCUUGUGGCGAUGGAGCGAAGAAACCAAUUUUGGUCAAACUUGUGCUUGUGGGAAAAGUUGGUGUUGGAAAAUCAGCAAUGAUCGUGAGAUUUCUAACUAAGAGAUUCAUAGGAGAGUAUGACCCCAACGUCGGUUCAAUAUAUCACCAUCAUACUAGACUGGAAAAUCAAGAUGUCCGUGUGGAGAUCCUGGAGUCUGGAGGCAAGGACUAUAUUGAGAAAAAUGACGUCCAUGCUCUGUGGGGAGACGCGUUUAUUCUGGUUUAUGCAGUGGACGAUCGAACAAGCUUUGAAGAACUUACUGGUGCUUGGAAUCAUCUGGAAAAAGUGCGAGAAGCUGACCAUCCUGUUCUGGUGUUGGUUGGAAAUAAGAGAGAAGUAGGGAGUGACCGAGUUGAAGUGUCGAAACAAGAUGGAAUUCAGCUUGCUGAAAAACUGAACUGUUUGGCCUUUCACGAAGUUUCCACGAAGGCGAGCUAUCAAGACAUCGAAUUCGUGUUUAUAGAAGCAAUUCGAGAGACAAUGAAGUACAAAAUGACUCAACGGGUUCUGAACGGGGCAAGGAGAUCAUCUCACAGCAAAAUUAUGGAAAUGGUUGAGAAGAACGUGAGUCGAAACAGGGCCAUGUCAAGUGUUAAGGAGACCAUAGACGAGUAUUGCGCUACACGAACUGAGGAGCUCACCCGGGAUUUGUCACGCGAUCGGAGCAGCACCUUUACAUGAUAUGCAUAGAUCGAAUAAUGUAAGUUUGCUCAUGAUUUGCUGCGUUACUGGUAGAGAUCAGGAGCAUCACCAGUAAGGAAAAAAGCUAGAUGAGUGAGCAAGUUUUGACAACAUAUUUCAAGUUUCAAAUCUUGCAGGUAUUGAAGUUGAUUUGUCCAGAAGAUUGCGUUUGAUGAGUUAUGUGAUUGUUGGGAAUUGAUUUAGCCGUCAAUAACCCGCCCAAUGGACCCGAAAAUGUUUGGGUGUGAAAUAGGAGAAAAAGUCUUAUUCUAGAAAUCACUGCGUUCCGGGAACUCAAGAUGCAUGCUGCAUUAAAACAUUAAAUGACUAACUACAGGAAAAAAAUGUACACGAACGAUGAUUAGAAGAAACAGUUUAAAAAAUUGAAUGAGGUAAUGCGAUAUAUUAAGUAUAGGCAAUCACUCGAAGAUGUAUUUUUCAAAC